UCGACGUUAACAUUGACUUGCGCAUGUGCAACACUUUCCCCUGCUUCUCCAAUUAACAUUACAAUACUAAAAACUACUUCCUCGCCAAUGACUGAUGAAGUUUGGCUACUUGCUAGAAAGGUCAACACGAGCAAUCGCACCCCUUGCAUCAUCUAGACUACGUGGGACGAAAGAAUCGCAUGCCGGGACCCCGGCAAUAACCAAUGCCACCCGCGCGCAAGCCCGGCAGCAGGCGGAUGAGAGGCGCGUGUGUACAAUGUGCACGCAGGAAACGUAAGUGUGACCACAAGCGCCCUCACUGUUCUCAAUGUUUGAAGCAUGGUGAAACGUGCGAGCCGCAAAUCUUCAAAUCGUGGAAUGCUACGCUUUCACCUAGUGCUACAGCCCAGCAAACAGGACGGUCUGAAUGGGAGCUCCCUCCACAAAAUGACAUCCAAGAUGUCAUUCAGAAUGUUGACUCGGGCCUGAGUGGAGCACUCACUCCGGCCCCAAGUUCGGAGUCACCCACAGCAACUGUGCUCGAAAGCAUCGGAGACAUUGCGGAUACUACUGUUCAUCAGGAAUCUGGAACAGACUGGCAAAGCCAACUGUCGUUCACCAACGAGCUGUUUGCUACGUCCUCGAACACUUUCAUUCAGCCGAUCGAAAACUUGUCGACCACCGAUAUUUCACUGAUAGAUCAUGUCGUGGACCCUUUUUUUGCCGCCGCAGCAAGGCCUUAUUCAGAUUCCCUGAUGCCCUCUGCGGCUGUAGCAUCGGCUCCUACCUUGGCUCCAGGUCUUUUGUAUUGCCCAAUACCGUGGCCAGAUGACAUGCUGGCUUCGCCUAAACGACAAUUCCUGUGGCAGUAUUUCCUCCAAUCUAUAGAAGCCAACGGCUUGUGUGUUGAUUGGGAGGACGUCGGGCAUAUGCCUGGUUUCCAGGACCCCUUUGUUGUCACCAUACCUCAUCUAGCCAUUACUAACCCCGUCCUUCGGGAGGCUGUUCUGACAUUUAGCAUGUUCCAGUACAAUGCGCUCCAAAACCAGCUGACGUUCGACCGGCUGAUGGUGAAUGCUUGGCGGAGCGCUUGUCAAGGACUGCGAGCUCAGCUGACUACAUUACAUGAAGAGGAUGGAUGGGGUGUUUUGUCCAUGAUAUCUGCUUGUUGCCUAUUGCACUGGUGUGCCCCAGAUAAAAGGGAAGAGUUCCUCCGGCUUGCAGCCAAAUUAGCGGUCAUUUUCUUGAAGCGGUCACGAUCUUCCACGAGUAUUCCAAGUGUCUAUCGCGAGUCAAUUCUAACUAGUUUCCGUUGGACAACCAUCUCAGCUCUCUGCUCGUUACAGCCGCCUUCGAGGGUUCUUAGCGAUGAGGUAUGCGACAUUGUUGAACUGGACAGCCACGAGAUUGUGCAAAACUAUUCUUCGCCUUUCCAAAGUUGGAUCAGUCACCCCAUUUACGCCUUUUCGGCACGAUUGGUGAACCCUUUGCUCAGAAUAGGUCACUUAGCCGAGCUCCAAUUAUCACGACAGAGAGACAAGGAAGAUAUUCCAGACGAAUCCCUGGAGCUGAGGAUCGUCAAUCUCGAGGAAACACUCCUCAGUGCGCGCGAUACCGAGCUCGAUGUUAUCACAUCGCCCACCGGGGCUACUGACCCACUGGCUGUGGCAUCGCUUAAUGAGGCAAUGCAUGCAGCUAGCGUCAUACUCUUCUACACACGCUUCCGUGGUCUGCCUUUCACGGCGCCGUUAAUUCGCCGGCAAGUCCAGAUUGCUGUUAGUGAAAUUUGUAAAACCCGCGUUGACUCACGGGUGUCGUACGCUGUGGUGUUCCCGCUAUUCAUUGCCGGAUGCGAAGCAGUUGAUUCCCAAGUCCGGGACAUCAUAGCCGAUAGAAUUCGUACACCUAAGGGUUUGUUUUUUGAUCGUGGGGAUAUUGCAGCCGCGUUACGUCAUAUCUGGGAAAUCAGGGAUCUCCAUCCGGGCUUGACCUGGCCUCAUUGGGUUAACAAAGGUAUGCGCCGAAUCUGUCACUGACCAAACAUUCUCCUUCAGUUAUGUUUGGAGCAGUUUAAAUUUUGGUGUUUCUAUUGGUUGCAGGCUGACUGGAAAACUAGUUGAACCACAAUUCAGGAUUG